AUGCAUUCAUUCUACUCGAAAAACUCCAAUGUGUUUUCCACAAAACUAAGACAUCCCUUUUUUGUUUCCUACCAGUUAUCGUCUCAUCGCCCCCCCCUCUUUGUAUAUCGUAGCACUUGCUAUAUAGAGUGGACUAUAAAGAACAAGAUAAUUUGCUUUUUUUUUUCUCAUGCCAUGUUCGAACUUGUAUCCACAAGUGCAGAUCGAGUAUGGACACAGGUACCUUGGUGUGAUUUGUUCUAUCAACUGGGGUGGUUGCAGGCAACGCAGCCCAACGCAAAGACAACGUGA